AUGCAACUCCUCUCGAUCCAGUCGCACGUCGCCCACGGCUACGUGGGGAACAAGGCCGCCACGUUUCCGCUCCAGACGCUCGGCUGGAACGUCGACGUGCUCAACACGGUCAACUUCUCCAACCACACGGGCUACGGCAGUGUCCAUGGCGAGGUGGUCGCGGGCGAUAAGCUGGCCCAGCUCUACGCCGGGCUGUGCGACAUAAACGUCCGCUACGACGCCCUGCUCACGGGCUACAUUCACGGCGCCAGCUCCUUGGCCGCGGUCGGCCAGAUGUGCAAGGCCGUCAAAAAAAGCCGACGUGGUCCCGGUCUACAGGCAGCUGGUGCACAGCGGCCUCGUCGACGUGAUCACGCCAAACCAGCUCGAGCUGGAGCUGCUGCUGGACUUCAAGAUCGCCAGCCGCGACGACCUGCGACGCGCCCUUGCGACGCUGCACACGGAACACCACGUCAAGCACGUGGUGGUCUCGUCGCUGUUUCUGAGCGCGCAGCAGCUCGGUCUGGAGCCCAAAGGCUGUUUCUACUGCUGCGUCUCGUCCAAGGACGCAGACGAGCCAAUUCUGUUCGAAAUCCCCAAACUGGACUCGUACUUCACCGGCGUCGGCGACCUGUUCUCUGCGCUGCUGCUGGACAGACUCUUCAGACUGCAGGACGUGGUGCUGGCUACGAACCAGGUGCAGAGCGUGAUGUCGCGCGUGCUGGCCAAGACGCAGCGGAUGUGCGUCGAGCGGCUCGGCGGGACGGUGCAGGGCAAGCUCGGCGACGCCACGUCCAUGAAGGAGUGCGAGCUGCGCAUCGUCGAGUGCAGAAACCUGUACCGUCUGGAGCAGACCGAUUUCAGGGCUGUGCAGCUCUAGACGGGCCAAGAAGCAAAAAAAUUGCAGUGGCUUCUUUGUCCGAGUCACGUGCAAUUUUAUCAGUACCGACGACAAAGUCCAAGCCUCGAGUGAAAAGUUAA